AUGAACAACAACUACCCCAACGAGCGCGGUUAUAACACCUCGCCCAACCCAGCAGGAGGUCCAAGGAUGCCUCCACGUCCCCCACACCCAAGCGCCAAUGUCGCUGGAGGAGGGUACCAACCCCAAUCUUCCUUCAACUCCCCUCCUCCCCCCUCCCAGCAGUCCAACUACUCCACCCAGAACACUUUCGGACAGCCUGCUCCUCGUCAACAGAAUGCUGCUCCGGCAUUCCAGCCCCAACCCUCGAGGCGGAUGAGGGCCAUCAAGUCCCCCAACGAAUCCUUCGCUCUUACUAACCGUGUCGCCACUAGCCCGCACGAGUUCCCUCCUCACACCCGCUAUGUCCUCGUCGAGCACCAAUACGUCUUCUCAAUCCAGCCAGACAACGCAGUGCAAGAGUCAUGCCUGGGAUUCAGCAACCUGCAGCGAAAGUGGGUCAACGUCGGACUCAACAAGGAAAUCGACGUCGCUCCCUGGGACCCCUCCAACGAUGGACCCAUGGUCUACCUCUCCAACGUCGAGAUCGAGGUUUCGCUGUUUGUCAAGAACACCGACAUCCGGGCAGAGUUUGAUGCCAAGGAGAUGGCCCGCCACUUUACCACCGUAUUUAACAACCAAGUGCUGGCGGUCGAUCAGGCACUGGUACUGGACUUUCAGGAUACUCGCCUGAUCCUGGUCCCCAAGCUGGUUCAGCUCGUCAGCUCAGAGGCUCUCAUGAAUGGCAACCGUGGCCCGGACGGUGAGGAGCUCCCGAGCCGUGAUGGAUACCGUGGAGUGUUGACUCAACAGGCGCAGAUCCAGCUUGUCAGGGCUCAAGACUCCAACAUCAAACUCAAGGGCGCUGCCAGAAAUAAGCCAGCAGUGACACUGAUCCAACCUAACUUCAAGUUCGAGGAUAUGGGCAUUGGUGGCCUGGAUGCAGAGUUCAGCAACAUGUUCCGUCGUGCGUUCGCGUCGCGUAUUUUCCCUCCUUCGCUAGUGGAGAAAAUGGGUAUUCAGCACGUCAAGGGUAUUCUACUCUUUGGACCUCCCGGUACCGGAAAGACACUGAUGGCCCGUGAGAUUGGAAAGAUGCUGAACGGUCGGGAGCCCAAGAUCGUCAACGGACCCGAGGUGCUGUCCAAGUUUGUAGGUCAGUCGGAGGAAAACAUCCGCAAGCUGUUUGUUGAUGCCGAGAACGAGUACAAGGACAAGGGCGAGGACUCGAGUCUGCACAUCAUUAUUUUUGAUGAGUUAGAUGCUAUCUGCAAGCAACGUGGCUCCAAGAAUGACAACACUGGUGUGGGUGAUUCUGUUGUCAACCAGCUGUUGGCUAAGAUGGAUGGUGUUGAGCAGCUCAACAACAUUUUGAUCAUCGGUAUGACCAACAGGAAGGACAUGAUCGACGAGGCUCUGUUGCGCCCUGGUCGUAUGGAGGUCCAUAUGGAGAUUGGUCUCCCUGAUGAGUCGGGCCGUCUCCAGAUUCUCAAGAUCCACACCCACAAGGCGAUGGAGAACAACCUGCUGGCGCCCGAUGUCGAUAUGGUCGAGUUGGCGGCAUUGACCAAGAACUUUACAGGAGCCGAGAUCAACGGUCUGGUCAAGUCGGCCUACUCGUUCGCGUUCAACCGUCAUGUCAAGGUCGGAACCCUGGCAGGAACGACGGGCGAUCUGGAGAACAUGAAGAUUAUGCGUGCAGAUUUCUUGGGAGCCUUGCAGGAAGUCCAUGCUGCUUUCGGAUCUGCCGAAGAGGAGCUCGAUUCAUGCAUUGCCAACGGUAUUAUUCACUUCUCGCCUCAGAUUGACAGCAUCUUGAAGGAGGGCUCCCUUCGAGUGGAGCAAGUCAAGCAUUCGGAGAGGACGCCAUUAGUCAGUCUGUUGCUGCAUGGACCCCCCGGAGCAGGAAAGACGGCGUUGGCGGCGACGAUGGCGAUGGAGUCCCAGUUCCCAUUCAUCAAGUUGAUUUCCCCCGAGACGAUGAUUGGUAUGAGCGAGAUGCAGAAGGUGAAUGCGAUCCACAGGGUGUUCCAAGAUUCGUACAAGUCGUUGCUGAGUGUGAUUGUGAUGGAUGAUAUCGAGCGCCUGCUGGACUAUACCCCGAUCGGAUCCCGGUUCUCGAACACGGUCUUGCAGGCUCUUGCAGUUCUGUUGAAGAAGGCUCCCCCCAAAGGCCGUCGCUUGUUGGUAUUGACGACGACGACGAGACGUCAUGUGUUGGAGGAGAUGGAUUUAAUGGAUUCAUUCUCGUCGGAGCUGUAUGUUGAGAACUUGCGGACAUUGGGAGAGGUGAAUACGGUUGUCAAGAACUUGAAGCUGUUCCCCUCGGACGAUGAUCGUAGGUCGGCGAUGGCGACGUUGGCCAAGAGCGGGAUCGAGGACAAGUUGUCGGUCAGCAUCAAGAGGCUGUUGAUGACGAUCGAGAAGGCGCGUCAGGACACGGAUCUUGUCGGUCGCUUUGUCAGUGACAUGAGUAACCUCUGA